GGAAAGGCCCGGCACCAUAUUAAGAGCAGCAGCAGCAGAAAUCUCUACGACGCUCGAAUGCUCAUGACGGUGGUUUCUAACUGAACUCUGGCCCGGUACGGCCGCAGCUUCCACUGACGGAAAGCUUUGAACAAUGGCUCCAGAUUCGGUUCAGGUGAAAUCCACUUUACCCUGCAUUGAUCGAUUCGAAAAGCACGGGAGAUCUGCCCAACGAAGAACAUAAAUUCUGUAUACGAGGAGAGAAGUAAUGCACAUCCUCGGUUGGGUUGGGUUGGGCAGCUUGCGCCGGGUUCAGAUCAGAGUUUUCAGACAUGGUAAAGCCCUAGGGCAAGACCCCAUUAGAACACUGUACGAGCGAUAGGGCGAACGAACGGAACGCACGGACGAGAUGGGAUAUUCUCGAUUCCACAUCCUGGAUCAGAUGACCAAUGUUCAAUUAUUGCGGCGAAUGCUUCGCUCGGCCUGAUGUUCAUUUGGGACGAAUCGAAAGUCUAAUGGGGGCCGAGCAGGAGACGAGACGAGACGAGAUGCGAAGCACGAGUAAUGUACGAACCGAUCCACCGGAGUGGAAGCUUUCUCACACAUACAUCCCAUACCUUCUGAUACGUCCUGGCGAGGGAAUAGAAUCAGGUCCAUGUGAUGGCCGCGAUUGGCUCGCUUCCAUGCGCCCAAUCGCUGGGCGGCUCUUGGAAUGUUCAGCAUUGGGCAGGAGAAAUUCCGAGGUACUGCACUUGAUGAUUCAUAUCCUCCAGAAGUACGUCCUGCUGAGACUCGGUGACCGUGGUUUGGAGAGACGUCCAUUGAGGGACAAGAAGCAGAAUAGAAGAAGGAAGAAAAGUGAGUCCCACUGAAUCCCCAGAAAUUCGAGUUGCAUUCGUACUCGCGUUCAAUCAGGAAAGUGUGAUUGAAGCGUUAAUACUACUGGAUCAAACUGAGUUCCGGCUUUAUCGUGAAAGGCAUCGAUCAGUAAGACUGCACUACAUUAAAUAAUCUUUGCUUCUACCUCUUCUCACUUUUCAUCUUCCUAUAUAGUAUCGGCAUAUGGCACUCACCUUGUGAUAUGACGGUGUCUAUCUUCCUUCACGCUUUAUCUCUUUGGAAUUCGGCCUCUUCACUUACAGUCUCUGGAAUUAUAGCCUGAGGGCUGCAUCGUCAUGUCAUACAAACCCAAACAUGUUUGAUUCUCUUAGUCUACUUGAAUAUCUCAAUCCCUCUUUGUAUUAUGUUUCAAACAUGGAAUCUUCCAAUGAUGAAGAUUUCUGCAAUGCGCGGGCAAAAUAUUUUUCAACGGGGCAUAGGCUUUUC